UUAAGACUCACCUCUCAGACUGCUUGGCACAUGAGAUUUGAUCAUUAUUUGUGUCCAUAAGCCUAGAGAUUUCCUUUUUUUCUUAGGAUUUUUGGGGGAGAUAACAGUCGCUGAGAUUUUCACAUAUAAUCAUGCACUGUGUGAGUCGAGGAGGAAGCUACCUGGUGAACUCCUUCUGUGAUCUUCAGGAGGAGAACCAGUGGAAGAAGGAGAGUUACGAGGCCUGCUGGCUCAGCGUGGUCCUUGAAACCAGACCACAGUACAAGCUCACUCUGUCAGAGACCGACAGCGUUCACAGAGAGAGUUACAAGCAGCAACAGGUGAUCCACUUCACGGUCCAGAGGAGUCCGAGCCAGACUCUGAGGCUGGGCAGGGACGGCGGGGACAUGACAGAGCACCGGCUUCCUCUCCUGCACACUAGGAUGGGAAAACAGGCGGUCACACUGGAGAAGAAAGGAGAACACAAAGGGGCCGCUGCGAGUCCGGAUCUCAGGAAGCCACUGAGGUUGAACUUCAGAGCCUCAAGUUUGAUGUCGUCACCGAGGGAAACCUCUCAGCGCUUGCAGAGGAGGGAGUGAGCGAGGAGGUGGAAGGUUUAUAAAGCUGCUGCUCAGAAAAUACAGCAAAUCUUCUGUGAGUUUGACGUACAUAGUAGUGUUAUUCUAUUGCUUCAGACUUGUGUAAAGCAACCAGAUAUAUGAAGAAUGUUGCCUCCCAUUGAUGCAUCACACAUGUUAUUUUCACGUCUUACUAACUGCAAAAUAACUGAAUAUUUUGAGUCUUAAACCUCCUCUGAGGCAUUUUAGACUUAUUCACUGCAUUUAUGCACUCUUAAUAAAUUUACAAUUAUUUAAAAGCCUGAAUGAUAUUAAACAUAUGACUCAAUAAACCACAGACAAAUACAUAAUGUAUUGUAGAAAAAGGAAUCCAGUUUUUAUCUGUCUUUUGCGGAUUUAAUGUCUUUUUUAGCUUGCUUAUGUGCUAUUUGUACUGAGUUUUAUUCUGAUGAGGCACUUUGCAAUGAGACUUCAGACUUGUGCUCCAUUAAUAAAGGCUAAUAUGUAGGCUAA